GGAUAAUGAUGAUGACAGCCGGACGCACAUACCUUCGAUACCCUCCAGGGAAUGGCGGAACGAAAGAAAAGAAAAAAAACACAGAUAUUCGUAUAGAUUUUUCCGAGUCUCGAAUGAAAAUCGAGGAAGAGUCGUGAAGGAGAGAGAGGAAGAAGGAGAAGAGAAGAGGAGGGGAAUGUCCAGGCCUGAAUGGGGGGACAGACCGACAGCGGAACCCAAAAAGACCCUCGAGACCACCGGAAUGCACGAAUGCACCCACCACACACUGAUACGCGCGCGGCCAGAUCCGCCUUGGAAAAAAGCCACGAGGAUUCGCACAGGGGUGUUUAUGUAUUAUGUAUUAUUUUUGUGAUUGUUGCUCUUUUUAUCAUGCAAGAGGGAGGUCGAGUUCUCAAUAUGUACGUCGGUUUCCGAUCACUGCCCGAAUCUGCGCGGCGGGGGGAUGCUGUUCGAGCGGUGUUUCAGGUCAGAUGACUAGGAAUUGCGAAACAGGUAUCCAGAUAAUGAGAUAAAAGUUGUUUCGAAUCAUAUUUUCUCAAAUACAGGCCUAUUUGACAUUCUGAACUGGC